AAAGGUCAGGCUCUCUGCGUUUCAUUGCUUUUAACCACAUUAUAAGACCAAAUCCCAGCUAGAAAUAUCAUUUAGUAUCACACGGAAUAUCCACACGGUUAUCCAUUUGGUUCCCAUACACUUGUGCCAACUCUUUUUUCAAUUGUCGAUAGCGAUUCAUUUUUAAUGUCUUCAGUUGACUUAAAACGGCUUACUCGAAGCGGUCGAUUGAGUUUGCUGACAGUUUGGCCGGUCGGAAGGAAUUCGGAGUGCACCACCACUUGAUAAUCGAAGAAAACUGUCAAUAUAACCUUGAUUUUUGAUCUGCUUUCACGUGGUUUUUUCGGCUUCAGCUCACCUUUGCCACGAUCUUCGGCCGAUUGAUUAUCUGUUUUCGGGUCAUAAGCAUAGAUCGAAGACUCGGAAAGCGUUGUUUCGAAGACGUUAACGCGACACUGUUUGUUCGAAAAAAUUUUGUGAUUUUGGUGCCAAUCGUGCUUUCACUUUUCUUAGGCCCAAAUGAUCUUUCAAAAUAGUUUUCAUUAUUCUUCCGAUAUUCCAAAGAUGCCAGUAAGAUCUCUGACUCUUUACUGACAUGUUGUUCAUCAGUUGAUGGCAGUCCUGGUCGUGAUUUGCCCACAGUAGUAAGACAGUAAUAAUCGCGUAAGCUGUGUCUACGACAGUAAAGAAGUGCGUGAAGUAUGAAAGUUAAAGAUCGUUAAUGAAGCUUGAGAGUUUGUUUCCGGCGAUUGAUACAUAUUUCUCUGGAACGAAUUCAAUUCUGAUAAUUUUAACGCUUUCUUUAGGAUAGUGGCAAAUUGAAUUUCCUCAAAUAUUUUUUUUUUUAAUUUUAAAGGCCGUUUGAAUAAUUUGAAUUUGAAAUUAAUUAUAAAUGUCGUUAAAUUAUAAUUCGAUUCAGUUCUUUAUAUGCUUUCACAGUUUUUGUGUCUCAAUGCUAUGAGCACUUAUCUAACCUAUUUAACAGCAGGUGGCGGAUAGGCAUUGCGGAAAUCGGGUUCCGCAUGUAACUAGAGGCCUUUUACAAGCAGAUAAGGGUAUGAAAUAGCUCUAGCUUCAAAUAAAGUAUUUAAAAAUACAAAAGUUUCGAUUACUCAAACUUAAUUUCUUCAGUUCAAUUUGAAGUGUCAACGGCUGCAUAACGGAAAAAUUAUGAAACUGCACUUUUUAAUAACAAUUUUGGUAUUAGCCUUAAGCCACGCCGAAGUUGCGCCCGACGAGGAGGAUUAUGGUCGUACAUGGAUGUGGAUGCCCGAUGGUGAUGGCAAACCUCAUGUUGCCUAUCUAACAGAGCCACCCCAGGAUAGUCAGCAAGACGAUGUGCCGGAUUUCGUGCAUGUGGAGCUGUUUGAUAGUGCAAAUACCGCGAAUCCUACAACAAUGCAAAUAUCUGUUGCCAAUCAUACUACCAGUGAAGGUAGGAAGAGUAGACAGAAGCGCGAUACUUGGGAAGAGAUGGCCGGUAAAUUCAACGCCGAUUUGGACACGAAAAUUUUGGUACACGGUUGGAAGUCGAGCACGACCAGUGACUCAAUACAAUCUAUACGUGGUGCAUACACUAUGCGCGGGAAUUUGAAUAUUUUCGCAAUCAAUUGGCGCGAUCAAGCAGACAAUAUUUACUAUCUGAAACCCGCACGUUACACCGUGCAAGUGGGCCGAGCUGUUGCUAAGCUUAUUGAUCUACUUGUUGAGGAAAAGGAUGCUGACUCCAAGCGCAUACAUCUAAUCGGUCAUAGCUUGGGGGCGCAUAUAAUGGGCUAUGCAGGGUCCUACACCAAAUAUCGUGUUGGCAGAAUCACAGGUCUCGAUCCUGCCCGACCGGCUUUUGAAAACUGCAGCGGACCGGAGCAUCAUUUAGACCCAUCAGAUGCAGAUUUCGUUGAUGUCAUACAUAGUUGUGGUGGCGUUUUGGGUUUUCGUGAACCAAUUGGUUGCGUGGAUUUUUAUCCGAAUGGCGGCGGCGCACCGCAACCGGGCUGCACAGAGAUUUCACAAAUCUUUACCGGCUGUAGCCACGGUCGUUCCUAUGAGUACUUUGCGGAAUCCAUACAUAGUGAGAAAGGUUUCUAUGCUGCACCCUGUUCAUCGUUGAAAGAGUUAAUCGGUCGUAAUUGCACGGGUACCAAGAUAUUAAUGGGUGAUCCUGUGCCGUUGACUGCGCGUGGCAUUUACUAUUUGAAGACUGGUAGUAAACCAGGCUUCGCUUUGGGUUUGGACUAACGCCAAUAUAUUUUGGAGAAGAUCCGUAAUUAUCUUCUCUGAAAACAGUGUUCAUGUAUAGGGUAGUGAGAGUUAUAUUAAUAUGUCUAUAAAUAUAUGCUUAACUAUGAAUAAAUAUAGUAAAUG